AUGCGUGCUGUUGAGCUCUUCGUAGUCCUCUUCUUUGUCGUUUCCAGAUUCUGCCGCCGACGACGCUCCGUACCGUCUUGGGGAUGCCUUUACUCCGUCGACACAUCGACAGUCUCUACCGGUGCAAUGACGACAGCUGCGGUGCAUGAAGAUGGCAAUUGUCCGAGUGCGGAUGGACGAGAAAGAUGGUCUACGGAAGAGAUACAACGAGGCCGCUUCAUGGGCGUUGGUCACAGAGCCUCCGGUACUAGGCAGUUCAAUGGAGAAGGAUUUCCACCUGCACACGAGGAUCCGUCCAUCGUCGUCGCGUACGAGCCAUUGCGAGUGAUUUUGAACAGACUUGCACAUAGCAUUUUCGUACUAAAAGGCCGGGUGGAACUUGAAGAACAGGACGUAUACUGGGACGAGACAUUCAAUUCUGGGACAGAUUCUAAGUCGAAAGGUCCUGAAUUCCUUUCGCUGUACAUCGUGUUCCCUAACCAUGGAACUAGGAUAGCGCUACUUUCAGCGGAUCCCUUUGUAGUACAUCGACGUAUUCGAAUACCCCGCCUCGUGUCACAGCGGUUCCAUCUCCGUUAUACACGCAUGCACGGGCACUUUAUGGGUUCUACCACCUUCAAUGCCGUAGCUUCCAAGACACUGGAUUGCCAUACAUCAUCCCACUCCCAAGUCUUCACAUUCCCACGGGAUGUCUGA